AUGGUCACAGGCUCUUUUCCACAUCUUCAUCUGAAAGGAGAGGAAGAAAAUGAUCAGAUUCACCAAGAAAUUGACAUUGUUGUGAAGAUGCGAGUAAGAGAACUCACUGAAAGAGUGGCAUUGUCACGGGACACAGAGCGGCGACUUGAGCAGCAGCUUCUGCAAAUGGAGUACCGCACGUAUCUCUGGCUACAUUUAGCCAUAGGCGAUAUUCGAUCUACGCUCGGGGAUAGCCUUCGCCCUGCUGAAGAGCCAAUCCAGUUAAUACCUCGAUCAGUAGAUAAGGCAUACGAAAAGAUUCUUAGUCGAGUGCCCUCCCGCCAGGUGGACAUUGCGAGGAAGAUCUCACAAAUUAUCGUUGUAGCACGGCGCCCUUUAGCAACGACGGAAAUGGCCAUGGCGCUCGGUAUUGUCACGUCCCCGCAAGCCCAAACUGCAGCAAAGGCUGGACUUGAAUCAUCCCAGGUUGAAAAAAAGCUACGUCGAUUAUGUGGCCUUUUUGUUUUCAUCAACAACUCCAAGAUCUACUUAAUUCAUCAGACUGCAAGAGAUUUUCUCAUCGCGAAAACCGAUUUAUACCGGCAUGGCAUUCCGCGCGAUAAGACCGUCUCUCCCGGCCACAUUGUGGACGAUACGGAAGACGAUGAGAUCUGGCAACCGCAACUAUACGCGGACCAAGAGCUUUCACCAACUUCCAAUUAUCCACCUCACAAGUCUUACAUCACCACAAACUUCAAGCACUUCAUCAAGCUGUGCGAGAUCAUCCAAACCAUCAUUAUGCGUCUUUACGUCGGACGACCGAGACAUCUGGGCAUAGGUCGGUUCAUACAAGCCGUGCGAGCGAGGUUAAAUGAAUGGUUCGAUCGCUUCCCAGCAGAGAUCAAGCUGGACACUAGGAACUUGCCAGAGCAUUGCCCGCCCCCUCACAUCUUUGCAACCAACGUCCUGUAUCGUGCCAGCUGGAUUCUACUGCACCGUAUCUUCAUCCCGAACAGUCUGCCUGCCCCGACUGGCGCACCUGUCAACCUCAUGCGCGAAGCCUCGGCAACAUGCACGGCCAAGGCGGAAGAAAUCUAUGAGUUGUUGAAGCUAUACAGCAAGUCAUUUGGGCUGCGCAACAUGAUGUACAUCUCGACCUGGAGCAUCUACUCUGCUGCCACCAUCAAUGCCAUCGAUUUUCAAUCUGAUGACCCUGAAAUUGCCGCGUCGGCCAGCUCAAGGCUCAGCAUGUCAAUGUACGUGCUGGAAAAAGGCAUCUCACAGACGCCGGGGACUAGGCGAUCCAUAGAGAUUCUUAAGCAUCGCCUUCGACGACCGCGCUCGACGGCAAAACGUUUAUCGUGUUCCCUCCACAAGUCAUCCACGUCGGAUGAGAAUCUCGCACGCAAGUUGAUUUGCCCUGGGUCUAGAUCUACGCGGACAGCCUAUCCCGGCCGUAGCGUCGCUUCCGCUCUCGCAGUAGACGCCACGUCCAAGAGCGAAACCGACAGCCCACCGCCCACAGUGCCAGGGUUUCCUCCACCCAAUUGUGGAGACAGAACAGCAGCAGCGCCGCCUUCCUUCUCGGUCAGCUCUGGUUCUACUGCAGGGGCAGCCAUCAGCUCAAAUAACCAAAUGCAAGACUGGACGGCCGCCUUUCCCAGCUCGUCUUCGACACUCGAAGAUGGCCAGUCGUAUCACAGUCUUGAGACAGAUGGCUGGAGCAUGCUCUACUCGCUUCUUACGGCUGAUGAUGCCUUGUACUCGACCGUAGAAGCCAUGGGACAAGGUGGCAUGCAUAGCUGGAACAGCUCCCAAGGAGCGCAGCGAGGGCAUACUAUACCAGGUGGGCUGGGGCAAAUGGAUCUCAGCCAGGGCGUAAUGGCGGUGCCGUCUUUUAUUGACCCCGGGAAUACACAAGGUGCUUGGGCAGGGUACCUUGAUGACUGGGAAGGUUGA